AUGGACGACGAAAAAAAGAAAAAGGACUCGCAUCCAAAUGGAAAAAAGACACUUUCACUGCGGGGGGCCACACACAAACUGAAAGCGGAGGCUCUCAGAAGGUACAGGCUAAAGCACAAGGAUGAUGAACAAGAGAUAAAAACCCCUUUGUUUACCUCUAAAGAUAAAGACACUCUGCAAAAUAAUAAAGAACCUCAAAGUAAACCACACCAGUCAGAGGGACAGAAAGUGGGGCUAACAAAGAGAUCAGUGAGGCCAAGAGAAUUAGGAAAAAUAACCUUACAUGAGGAUUCUGAAGCAAAAGUAUCCCAGAUAGCUAAAUCUGAUGUAGCAAGAGAAAAUAAGCCAGAAAUUCACAUGAGGAAAUCAGUAAAGGGUGAUAAUGAUGCUGAUCUUGAUAUGUCAAAAGAGAUGUCACUUGGUGAGAAUGAUAAAGAUAUGACACAGGAGAGGAGUGAUCGGACAAAUGCAGAUGUAACUUGUCAAGGAAGAUUUCUUUUAAGUGAAGAUUCAUCUCCUAAACAAACAACAAAUGACCAAAAGAAUGAAUUUGACAAAUUCAAUGUACAAGAGAUUAGAGAUCAAAAUUAUGCAUUUCCUAAUAAAAAAGAGCAUAUAAACCUCAAAAGCAAUGACACCAUAAAUGAUGACAUAGUACAAAGAGAUAAAGAAGGAGGCCAAGGGGAUACCCCAACUGAAAACAAAGAACCUGAAGAAAAUGAGAAAGUGGAACCUCCAGUCCAGGCCACAGAACAGACAAAAGAUGACAGUUCAAAAGAAGAAGCCCAGAAAACUGAGGAGGUGAAGGAGGAGCAAGAGCCCGGUUCUGAGGCUCCCCCAGAGAAGGCCGGAGAGGAAAAACCAGAAGACACACAAGUAAAAACAGAGGAGGGGGAAAAGGAGAAUGUGGUAAAGGAAAGUCAGGAAAAAACAGAGGGAGGUGAAAAGGAGGCACAGGAGGAAUCUGGGGGAGAAAAAAAGGAUGAAGAUAAACCACCACAAGAAUCAGGAAGCAAGGAAGAAGAUUCUGCAAAUAAACCGGAGGAGCAAGCUACAGAUAAACCAGCAGAAGAGAGCAAAGCAGACGGGGAAGAAAAAGCAGCAGAUGAUCAAAUCAAACCGGAGGAUGACCAGAAAACAGAAGAUAAAGCCAAGGAGAGCGCAGAGGGAGAUACAAAUCAAAAUGCUACAGAAGGUGAUGAGCAGGAUGAGGAAGGAGAGAAAAAAACUAAAAAGGAAGAAGAAGAAAAAAAGAAGAUUCCUGAUGAUUUUUUCUAUAACUAUGAAGAGUUAAUUUCCCAGCCACAAAUCACUCAGGACUCAGGCUUACCCAAGGACUACUUAAAUCUAGCUCAUUCAUUUGGAUAUGACUGCACAAAGCGCCACAACCUCCAUCUUUUGGAUGAGAGAACAGUGUGUUUUGCAGCAGGUAACUAUGUUUUACUUCUGGAUCUGCAGACAAAGGAACAGAGAUACCUGCGCAGUACCAGCGGGGGAGGUAUUGGAGCCAUCACAGUUCAUCCUUCAAAGAAAUAUUUUGCUGUUGCUGAAAAGGGGACAUCACCAAACAUCAAUAUCUUUGAAUAUCCAUCACUAAAGUUACAUCGAGUGCUGAGAGGUGGAACAGAGCGAUCCUACUCAUAUGUUGACUUUAAUCCUAAGGGUGAUUUACUGGCCUCCGUGGGAGGGGACCCAGACUACAUGUUAACUAUCUGGGACUGGAAGGAGGAGCAAACAGUGCUGAGGUCAAAGGCCUUCUCACAGGAAGUGUUCCGUGUGACCUUCUCUACAGAACUGGAGGGUCAGCUGACCACAGCUGGUACUGGACAUAUCAGAUUCUGGAAAAUGGCAGACACUUUCACAGGUUUAAAACUUCAAGGGGAGUUGGGAAAGUUUGGGAAAACUGAAAUUUCUGACAUAGAAGGUUAUGUUGAACUUCCUGAUGGAAAAGUGUUGUCUGGAACAGAAUCUGGUAACAUGCUACUCUGGGAAGGUGGCUUAAUCAAAGUAGAGAUCGGACGCAAAGGAAAAAAAAUGUGUCAUCAUGGAUCCAUCCAACAAAUCCUUUUAGAUGAAGGGGAGCUAAUGACUGUUGGGAUGGAUGGAUUUAUAAGGGUCUGGGACUUUGAGAGUGUGGACACUGCUGAUGUUGCAGAUGAAUCAGGACUUUUUGAAAUGGAGCCAAUGAAUGAGCUCCGUGUCGGUCAUGAUGUCCAUCUGAAGUCUAUACUGAAGUCCACUGAUGCAGAAAACGAAGUCACUGUAUGGUAUGCACAGGAUGCCAAUGGAGGUAUAUGGAAAUUGGAUCUGACUUUUUCACACACCUCCCAAGCUCCAGACAAACUCUUCUCCUACCAUGCUGGAGCCAUCACAGGAUGUGAUGUUUCGCCCCUCACUCAUCUAGUAGCCACCACUGGUGUUGAUCACACGGUGAGGGUGUUUGAUUUUCUACAGAAGAAACAACUGUGUGAGAAGAGGUUUGCUGAUGCUGGAACUGCUCUGAUCUGGGCUCCACAAGUUGUUGAUCCUAAAGCAAAAACUAUCAUUGCUGGAUUCAGUGAUGGUGUGGUCAGAAUUAUGACUAUUGCCAAGGCCAGUGAAGAUCAAGCUCCCAAAAAACACAAGCAUGACAUUGACCUUGACCUCGAUCAGGUCUUCAAACCCCAUACUAAGGCCGUUACUACUCUUGCUGUGAAUGACAAAGGAGACAUUCUUGCUUCAGGAGGUGCAGAUAACACAAUAUUUUUCAUGAGUAUUGGAAAAACCUAUGAACCCAUAGGAUUUAUAGAGACCCCAGCAGCUGUCCGACAGGUCCAGUGGUCUCCCUCCUCUUUUAAAAAAUCCACACUCCUUGUAUUUUGUGAAGAUGGUCUUGUGUUAGAAGUUGAUUCUCCAGAUGGUGCAACAUUUGAUACAUCUAAAACUUUCCAUAUUACUGGGUUACCGAUGAGGUCCUAUAAGUUCAAAAGUGUGAAGUCUCGAUUACGUCAUGAAGAAGAGCUUGAGAGGAAAAGAAUUGAGGAGGAGGAAAGGAAGAAGAGGGAGGAGGAAGAGAGGAGGAAGAGAAUAGAGAGAGGACUAGAGACGGAGUCUGAACAAGGAGAUAUAGAGGAAGAAGUAAAGGAGCCUGAGCCAGAAUGGAAGCCAUACAUUCCACCAGAACCGAGUCCCAUAAUGAUAGGCUUCUACUCAGAAGAAGGCAAAUUCUGGCUUUCAAUGGGAGAGUUUGAUGCUGGAUAUCUAUAUGAAUGUAAGUUUACAUCUGAAGAAGAGAGAUCAAAGUUACCCGAAGAACUCCAAGAUGCGCCAUUACAAUCCAUUCCUGUAACAGACUCCAAUGAUGUUCCAGUCACAUUUAUGCAGUACAGUGGUAAUGGACGACAGAUUUUGUUUGGUAUGGAAGACGGUGGCAUAAGAAUUCAGGGUUUAGAGAAGGAAUUCAGUAUGGAUGCAUUUGGUCCCCAUUGGAAGUUAAACUUUCAUGACAAUAACUAUGGACAUAUUGUGAGACUAGGAGUAAGUCCAGAUGAGAAAAUGCUGGUGUCUGUGGGAGCUGAUGGGAACUUUUUCCUGUAUGACAUAAUGGACCAAGAAAAGGUGGACCAGAAGGUGGCGGAGGCUAAAGCCAAACUGCCCUCCGCAAAGAAAUCUGGAGAACAAAUCAGUGUUGAUGAUAUUGAAGAUCCAAAUGCUUACAGUAUUGAAGAUGCAAAACAAAAGGCAGAACAUGAUAAAAUGAUGAAAAUCGCAGAUGAAAAGAAGAAGGAGGUGCGUCGCCAGAUUGCAAAGCUAAGGCGACAGUUCAAGAGCAUACUGGAACAAAACGAAGGACUUCCUGUUCAUCUGCAACUGAAAAAGGAGGAAUUUGAAUUGGAUAGAGAAAUCAAACUUGAAUUGGAAAAGCAAAAGAAUGAUCGAAUUGAUUUAGUCAGAAAGGAAUUGGCGUGGGAGGCAGAAAAACAAAGGGUAGCAUUGGAAAAGCUGAGGAAAAGGUACAAAGAUGUGGUUGAAUGUGAAAGAAUAGUUGUAAAAGCAUUCAAAACACCACAUGAAGUUGCAAGCUUUAGGGCAGCAAAGCUGUCUGAUGACUUUUACCAAAUGAAGGCUGAGUUUGAGAGAAGAAAAACAAUGACCAUGGUGAAAGAUGACAUAACUAGAGAUCCAACACGUGACCUCUUAGGGGGUAAACUGUCACACUCAGACGAGCAUGCUGGAAGUGGUGGGAAGCCUGGAGACCAGACAGGGGCCAAAGUGACCACCACCCUGAAGGGCAGUAUGGGGGAGAGGAUAAACAAAGCCCUAUAUAAAGUGGAAGAGAAGAAGCAAAAGCGGGCAGCAAGAAGGGCCCAGUGGGAGGAGUUGUACAACACAAAGCCUGAUGAUGAUUACGAGGAUCCAGCAGAUCUGGCAGCCAUUAAAGAGGCCAAGGAUAACAUGGGAGACUUCAAACUGAAAACAGCCAAGGAUUAUGUUGUACCUGAUCAUCUGAGAAUGAAUGUGGAAAAAGCCAGGGGCAGAUUACUGAUCCUUAAAGAUUUAAUACAUGAGCACAAGUAUAAUUUUAAUCUACGUCUGCUAAAAAUAAGAGACAAGAAACUGAGUGUGAUUGAGGAAAUCCGUGAAUUGGUGGCUCAACUUGGAGAGGUUCAGAGUAACUUAGAUAAAUCAAAGCACAAGCCUAUUCCUCCAGUCCCUAAAAUGUACCCAGAUGAAAUGCCAGAGAAGAAAUUAGAAUACACCAGAGACACCUUGCUAGCUUUUAAGAAGGAGAUGGAAGUGAGAGCCAAAGAAGCCAAGGGAGGUGGUGGGUUUGGAGGUUUUGGGGGAUUUGGAAACACUGCUGACACAGCUAAGGACAAGGGAGGAUCACCGACCCCUAAACCAAGCACAAUAGUGAGUGAUUCUAAGGCUGGGGAGGAUGAAGAAUUGGAGGAAAUAGAGAUUUCUCCACUAGAAUUACAGAUGAAGGAAAGCAUGGAAAUCAAGAUGCUAUAUGAGCAAGAUCGACUUCUGGGAAGAAUUGAGGAGCUGUUGUUAAACUUUGAUGCUGAACUUAGACUGUUACGCCAUGAUAAGUUCAGGCUAGAUAUAGUGAUGAAAAAUGCUGACUUAAGGCAGGUAACCCUAUUUGAAGAAUUUGUUCUGCUGAAAGAGUAUGAGAAGAGAGAGGACGUAAUGGAGGCCAAAGUGUCAGGGAAACAACAGGAGAAACUGGAAAUGCAGGCUAAGAUAAUUGAGCUGCAAGGAAAGCAGGAUAUGAAGAAAAAGGAGAUUGAGAAGUUACAGGAGAGAGAGAAACAACUGUAUGCUCAGUUCCAGCUUUCUCUAGGGGAAAACAACAAGUUUACUGACUACCUGACCAAAGUAUUCAAGAAGAAAAUCAAGAGGUCCAAAAAGAAAGUCACGGAUGGAGAGGGUUCUGAUGAAGACAGUGAUGAAGAUUCUGAUGAUGAGUCUGACUGGGAUGAAGAUGAUGAAGAGUCUGAGGAAGAAGGAGGAUAUGACCUUGACAUUUGUCCCCCAGGCUGUGAUCAGAAUAUCUAUGAUAAUACUUGUCAACUGAGGGAGAAGAAAUUGGACAUUGAGGAAGCUCUACAAGAAGAGAAGAAGAAUAAUGAAGCUUUACGGAAAGAAACUGACAGCAACAAUAAGAAGCUGAAAGUAGUGGACAGUGCUCUGAAAGCUGCCCAAAAUGACCUUGAGGCCUUCCAGCUGGAGAAGCAGCAGAAAUUGAACGAGUUGGAUGUGGUGGUGACUCUGAAGCUCCAUCAGAUACAGUACAUGAUAAAUGGCAUCCUCCCCCAGGAUCUUUCCCAGACACUGGUGUUUGAGUCACAUGGUGUCACCAGACUUCAGCAAAGAAUCAAGGAACUGGAGCAUGAAAAGCACAUGCAGAAGAAACACAUGAAGGAAUCAAGAAGGAAACAUGUUCAGCUCAUUAAGGACAGGAAAGUGUUUGACAGCAAAAUUUCAGAAAUGGAGGAACGCACCAAUGAAAUGAUGAUUGCUAAGUUUGGUAGGAUUGUUGAUUUAGAAAAAUUGGAGACAAUUACUGUAAAUAGGCAAAUUGAGGAACUGAAGGAAAAGUUACGUUUGACCGAAAUUCAAUGUGCAGAGGAAUUAGAAGUAUGGGAUGAAAAAAUAGCCGAGAAGAAAGCUAAAAUCACAGCACUCAUCCGUGAUAAUACAAAUAGACUGGAUCAACUUUGUCUAUUACUGAAUGAAAAGAAAUCUUAUGAAUCAGAGCUGGACUCCAGACAGAAGAAUUCUGGUCAGGAAUACACAGGUGCUAGAAAGGCUGACAUCAGGGAAAGACAGAGGUUAAUACAGCUGGUUCAGCUCCAGGCCCAGGAAAUUGACGCUUUGAAGGAGGAGAUCAUGCUCCUAUCCCGGAAAGGAGGGCAUAUUUUGCCCCCUGCACAACCCCCACUCCCCCAAAGUCCCCCCAAUAUGAGAACAAUAAGUAAUUAAUUAAAGAAAGACUUGCAUUUUGAACAUCAAUAUUUGAAAUACAUGUAAUUUAAAUGUCACAAAUAAGUGUCGAUUUUAUUAUGAAUCACCAGUACAGAGUAGCAGCUUAUUUUGGCAGGUAGUUAAUUUUGCUGAUUUAGUUGAAAAAGUAACCAGAAACAAAUUGGGUUGCAUAUUUUUGAUAAAUUCUCAAUAUCAAUCCAUUUCACUGAACAUAUGUAACAUGAUUAGAAUAUAUGUUCUCAUAGUGACAACUAACCAAAAUUAGUAGCCUACCAAAAUAACCCACUAUAAAGUACUUCAUUUUUAUCAAAUUAUUGGAUGCUUUGCAAAUAUUGAUUUAGAUUUAUAUGUCUUACUGACAAAAUUAAAUACCUGAAGCUUUGUCCCAGUGGAGCUGAGAUUUGUUUUUUUGUAAAUCUGAUUUCCGUCCUAAUUAUCCUCUCUUUUUACCUAUGGAGGACAUAUUCACUGUGAUAUUGACUGUGUUAUUUAUAUUUUCUUUUUAAUUAUGAUAAUUAUGUCAAAAAACUUAAAUACAAGAAAUGUACUACAUGAACAA